AUGGCUUCCGCGUCGACACUUGUCACCGACCCAAAAAGCUAUAUUCAGCCUGCGGUGGAGAUGUGGUGCAAUGGUCCACGCAUCCACGAGUUCCUGCGCGAAAUGUACGAUGAAGCGCUGGCGCCGUAUGGGGACGUGAUGACCGUCGGCGAGCUGGCGAAUACGCCCGACCCGGAAGAUGUGCUCAAGUACGUCGGUGCGUCUGCGAAGCAGCUCAGCAUGGUCUUUCAUCUGGACAUCGGUCAUAUCGGUAUGGGCAGCAGCCUGGAAGACAAGUACAUUCUCCAGCCGUGGAAGCUCACCGAGAUGAAGGCUAUCGUUGGUAAGUGGCAGUCUUUCGUUGAGGGAACGGACGGGUGGACGACGGCUUUCUGUGAGAACCACGACAACGGCCGGUCGGUGUCACGGUUCGGAUCCGAUGCCCCUGAGUUCCGAGAACAUUCCGCUAAGAUGCUGGCGUUGAUGAUGGUGGCCAUGACCGGAACGUUGUUCUUGUAUCAGGGGCAGGAAAUCGGCAUGGCCAAUGCGCCGCGGGAGUGGUCGAUCGAUGAGUAUAAGGACAUUGAAGGGCUCGGAUACUAUCGAGAGGCCGAGCGCCAGGCUGCAAAUGGCACCGAUCCGAGCAGACCAGAGCGCAUCAUGGACGGACUGCAAAUUCUGGCGCGGGAUCAUGCCCGGCUGCCGAUGCAAUGGGAUGAUUCUCCCAAUGCGGGAUUCACGACGGGAACACCGUGGAUGCGCACCCACGAUUUGUACAGAGAAAUCAACGUGGAGAAGCAGGAGUUGGAUCCCCAAAGUGUGCUUUCGUUCUGGAAGAUGGUGCUGCGGCUGCGCAAAGAGUACCGUGAGUUAUUCAUCCACGGCGUGUUUGAGGUCGUGGACUUUGAGAAUCUCGAGACCUUUUGCUUUGUCAAGUCGAGGGAGGAGAAGCGGGCCUUGGUUGCCUUGAACUUCACCUCCUCGCCUCAGCCGCUCACCCAGGCCGGCAUGGCAGUGGAGAUGAAGCUUUUGGUCAGCAACUAUGGCUCCUCAGCGUUGUGUACAUUACAGCCCUACGAGGGGAGGAUAUACAUAUCGUGA